CACAAUCCAGCCUCAUAUUUGGAUCGAGAAACUUCUUAGCUUUCAUCUGGAUUUUAAUGUGGUGAAUUCUUGAUGUUUUAACAUCAUCAUUAGGAAAAUUAAACCCAGUAUUGCUGAUAUUUCUCAUCCUUUACAUGCCGAGUUCCAGUUUCUUCCUUCCGGCAUCAGGCUCAGACUUCCUACUAUAAAAGGUUGGAGCUCUUUGGUUCCAUCUCUUUUUAAUGCAGGACUCGCACCUGAUUAGUGUUUGUAGCGACUGUUGGUCACUAAUGAAAUAAAUGCGCUGCUGUGCUCUUCAUGCAUUGGUUUGUAUUUCAUGUCCUGGUAUGUUUGGUGGUCUUAUUUUUAAUCUCUUUGUCUUUUAGUUUUUAUACUUGCUGUAACAUCGAUUGCCCAUUUGGGACACGAAUAAAUCUGAAUCUGCUGUAGCAGUCAGCACACGUUCUGUUUGUGUACCGAGACCAGGUUCUGGGUUCUGCUUGAUUGUACCUGUAGUUUCACGACCGAGAGCAGGUUGUGUUGGGUUCAGUAGAUUCUAUUGGGUUCUGUUGAGUUCUGCUUGGUUCUGUUAGGUUCAGUAGGUUCUGUUGGUUCAGCAGGUUCUGUUUGGUUCUGUUUGCAGUGAUGAGUGUGUCGGACAGUGAUGAGGAACUCUACAACGAGCGGACCGCCCUGGUUCCGGCCCAGAACCCUGCGGUUCCGUCCUACCGACCCGACCCAGAGCUCAGCCCCACUGAGGACUCCGACAGUAAAACGGCCGGGCGGAGCGGCGGGCGGGCCGGUCCGGACCCGGGGGCGGAGCCUGAGGACGAGGAGGAGGAGCCUCUGAAGUACGGCGCCAAGCACGUCAUCAUGCUGUUCGUCCCCGUCACGCUGUGCAUGGCGGUGGUGGUCGCCACCAUCAAGUCCGUCAGCUUCUACUCAGAGAAGACCACCCAGCAGCUGAUCUACACGCCGUUCAGCGAGGACACGCCCGACGUGGGCCGCCGGCUGCUGCACUCCGUCCUCAACACCGCCAUCAUGAUCAGCGUCAUCGUGGUCAUGACCAUCCUGCUGGUGGUACUGUACAAGAACCGCUGCUACAAGUUCAUCCAUGGCUGGCUCAUCCUGUCCUCCCUCAUGCUGCUCUUCUGGUUCAGCUUCAUGUACCUGGGCGAGGUGUUUCGUACCUACAACGUGGCGGUGGACUACCCAACGGUUGCCAUGGUGAUCUGGAACUUCGGCGCCGUGGGUAUGCUGUGCAUCCACUGGAAGGGGCCACUGCAGCUGCAGCAGGCCUACCUCAUCCUCAUCAGCGCGCUCAUGGCCCUCGUCUUCAUCAAGUAUCUCCCUGAGUGGUCCACCUGGGUCAUCCUGGGCGCCAUCUCUGUCUAUGACCUGGUGGCCGUCCUCAGUCCAAAGGGACCACUGCGGAUGCUGGUGGAGACAGCUCAGGAGCGCAAUGAACCCAUCUUCCCUGCCCUCAUCUACUCCUCUGCCAUGAUAUGGACGGUGAUGAUGGCGAACCCGGCCGAUGGCCAGCGCUCUGAAACAGGUUCAGAUGAGGAGGCAGAGCUAAAUGGUGGGAGGGCGGAGCCUCAAAGCCGACGGCUGAUGCCGGUCACGGAAGAGGAGCUGGAGGAGGAACGCGGGGUGAAGCUUGGCCUCGGAGACUUCAUCUUCUACAGCGUCCUGGUGGGAAAGGCUGCAGCGACCGGUGGAGACUGGAACACCACUCUGGCCUGCUUUGUGGCCAUCCUCAUCGGUCUGUGCCUCACCCUGCUGCUCCUGGCCAUCUUCAGGAAGGCGCUGCCCGCGCUGCCCAUCUCCAUCGCCUUCGGUCUCAUCUUCUACUUCUCAACCGACUUCCUGGUUCAGCCCUUCAUGGACAAUCUGGCCAAUCACCAGUUCUACAUCUGAGACCAAGCCCUGCCCAUUUCCUCAUCAGCCUGCUGGAUCGUCAUCCAAUGACGCAUAAAGGUCACUUCCUGUGCAGCUCUGAGCAACAGGAAGUGACAUCAUACACUCUGUGACCUUACCUGGUGGUCUGCUCAGGUGUUUGAUGUAUGUAGUUUGUCACGCUGCGAUUGGCUGAGACCUGGCCUCUGCAUCAUCGACCUGGUGACCCACAGACGCUCCAUUAAAGGCGUGGAGCUGCAAAGUGGGCGGAGCCACCAGUUUAUUACUACUACAUCCACUACAUUACCCACAAUCCUCAGAUCAAGAAGUCUGGUUCUUUGGACACUUCCUGUUGAAAAGCCUCAUGGGAGUUGUAGUUUCCCAUAAGGCUCAAACAUUUAAAAAAAAUUUUUUCCCUUAAUGAGAUAUUUUACUACAUAAUUAAACUAUUUAAGGGAUUAAAUAAUUUUAACAGGAAGUGAUCUGCCAAAGAAAAAGCAGAAAAUAAUAUUUUAUAGUAUUUGUCUGGUUCCUAGAAAAUCCUAGUGAUGAAUAUGAUCCCCUGUACGUGUUUGUAUAAUAUUGGCCUGUCUGGGCCUCUGUACGUCUGCCGGUUGAUGUUUUGUUUUUAACUUGUUCUUCUGUAAAUGUUUCACAUAAACAAAUUAAAUGGAGUUUUCUGGAACAGACUCAAAACUU